AUGAAAGAAUAUAGUCCCUUGAAGGUUAACAAAAUAUUCGAAGGACAUUUUGUUGACGUUCUCGGUUGUUUAACAUGGCGAAAUAAUCUCUUCGCCGUCUCAGAAACCAAUAGCAGUUUGUUUUUUAUAGCUAGAAAAGAUGAAAUUUGGGUUUACGAUUGUAAUAGUAUAUUUGUGGGGAAAGAUAAACCUAAACCAAUACGAAAAUUAAAAACACCUUGUUCUGAGCCGCCACCAUCAGAGGAUAGUAUCAACGAGGAUCCAUUUAGGGGAAGUGAGGUUAAUGCGAUCAAAGUGGGAAAACUCGGAAUUGAGGAGGCUUUAGUGGCUGUGAAUGGUCUAGGUGUAUUCAUAUGGUUCACAUCUAUGCUACACAAGACGCCAAUCCAUUUUUGUAAUGAAAGCUCAACAUGGGGAAUAGCUAUGCAUGGGCCAUCUCGCCUUUUGGCUGUUAGUGCUAAUUCUCAUGUGAUUACCAUUUAUGAUCUUCGCGAUGGAUUACCAGAGUUUGUUGCGACGACCGAAGAAAAAGAUAUUGAUAAAGAUAUCAAUUCUGUUCCGAACAAGAAUCCAUUACUGUUGGAGCCAAAAAUUUGCCUUCGAGGUCAUGACCAUAAUAUCCCAAACAUUGCUUUCAGCCCGGAUGGGAAAUUUUUGGUUUCUUGCAGUAUAGACAAUACCUGUCGCAUUUGGAAUGUAAAAACAGGCGAAUCCUUGGUCUCGAAACAGAUUUCUUUAGAUUGGGGCUGGUCUACUUGCUUUGUGUCUCCUUCGUCAUUCAAGCUUGUAUCAGAAGACUCUUUGGCACAGCUUACUUGGAUUCCACCCGUUGUAUUAGGUCCGUUCACAAUGGGGUUUGCAAGGAUACGUUACACCCCACAAGAAUUAGAAAGAGCACAACAAAAUACUCGCGUUGAUAAUCACGCUGCAACCGAGUAUGCAGAUGGAUUUCUUGAAGAUGAGUUUGGUGGAGAUGACGAUGAGGUGGAGGAGGUUGAUUUUCAUGAUGAUCAUGAUGAGGAGGAAGAAAUAUAUGAUGUUGAAGAUUAUUUACACGAGCGAGAAUUAAUGGAUUUCGACGACAAUGGAUGGCAUAAUGAUGAUGAUGAAGCUGAAAAUGAUUAUAAUGAUUUUCCGCCUUUUACAUUUAAUACGAUGAUGAUACGACCUAGGCACGCAAAUAUUGGUGAUAAUGAAGGCACAGAUGAAAUUCUAGAACCUCGAUCGGAUUUUGAUAAUAAUGAAGAUACUAGGAGGUCGGCAUCUGAAACAGAGCGAAGCACAAUAUCUCCUCCGACUCCUUUUUUCGGUUAUUCUGCUAACGAAGCUACUAGAGUUUGGCCAUCCGAAUCGGAUGAAGACAUUCCAUUAUCUGACGAUCGGAUGCCUAGUUGGAAUUUUGAAGAUAGUAACAAUACCCUUGCAAGAAUUUCAUCAGUUGAAGAACCUCGCUGGAAUAAUAAUGAAGGACUAAAUUCGCCUUCAAUCACAAUACAAGCGUUACCGGAAGAGGUUUCAGUAAUUCCAGAACAAUUACGUGUAGUUAGCUCUCAAGAUAUUAAUGAUAAUAUUAAUGCUAUCCAAGGCGUAAGAACGUCUUCCCAAGGAGCUACAGAUAAUGAACUUGCAAAUGAUCUGCGUAUAAUACGAGCUCGGUUAGAAUCACAAUACGCAGAAACACUAGGAGAUAAUGAGUCUAGUGGUCUGACUGAACAAUUGCGUUCGAAUUUGAACGAAUCGGAGACAGAAGAUGCUUUAAGAAUGCCAAAUCAAACUGAUAUUGUUGGCUCGAAUCUAAAUGCAUCAAGGCAAAUUCAACAAAGAGAAACUCAGCAAGAGUUGUCAGAUAAUAGUCAAAGGGUUGCUCAAAACCCCAUAGAAAAUCAUGACGACUUCUUGUUCCACUUUACGAUCCCUCCGAGGCUUCCGGUUCGAAUACUUUCUACGAAUUCACAAUCUACUAAUGAACAAUCCAUCGUUGGAGAGCAGAGUAACAAUUCUAAUACUUCAAGAGAAAGCGCAAAUGUAAAUCAGCAACACCCCGAUUCAAAUUCACAAGAUAAAGGCUUUAGGUUUAUGAUUGCGAUUCCACCUUCGCGAUCACUUCCUCAAGAUUUAGUUCUUUAUGCUUCAGCUGGAGAUUUGUAUCUUCUUGAUCCAAAAGCGCAGCUUGAGCCUUUGUGUAGUGUAUCACGGAUUGUUCGUCAAAGUGAUGUUAGAUGGUUACCUCAUUUGCAAGGAUUCGAUCGACUAAAUAUGAUGGAGUGGAUACCAGAAUUCUCUCUUGUGAUCGUUGCUAGUCAAAAAGGAAAAGUAGCUUUAGUGAGAUUAUUAAAAGUUUCAAACGAAGGAAACGAUCGAUAUGUUCUUCAACCCGAGAAAUAUUUGCCAUUGAUGCAAAACAUGCCGAUGGAGCCAUUACUUGCAGAACUUGCGGUAGUAACCACGACGCCUCUUCGUCUGAGUCCUCACCAUCAGCAUCGACAACGAAAGUCUUCGGUGAGUAUCAGCAGGACCGAUUUAGUGCUGGAAACACUUCGUGAAGAACAUGUUUGUAGUAGUCAGAAAGAAGCACGAGACUAUAUUGAGAAAACGUUGGAUACUCAAUUGUCUGGAGACGAUUUACACAAGGUACUUCAGGACGGUGUGGUAUUGUGCAGUUUGAUGAACAAACUCGAACCAAAUACAAUACCACAAAUUGAACGAAAGGAUCAUCCAUUCGUAAAGAUGGAAAAUAUUUCGAAUUUUUUAAAAGCUGCUCGAAAGUUUGGAUUGCAUAAUUCUGAUUUAUUUGAGACGGUGGAUUUAUUCGAGGGAAAAGAUAUGGAAAGGGUUGUCGCCACAAUACUAGCUAUUGCACGAAUAUCGACAGGAUCCGGUAAAAAUGGCAACAAUAAUAAUUAUCGAUCAUCAGACAAGAAUAACGCCAACAACACUAUCAUCACACCUCCAAGACCUAUACCAAAGGCCAUUAAUAUUAAUCCUAAUAAUAGUAGUAGAUCUAUUGUAGAUGAUUCAGUAUUAUCCACGUCUCCUCCCCCAUUAUCUAAAUCGUUCACAACGACUACAUCGAUGUGGGAAGCAGCAAGAAGAUUUCGACGGAACUCUGAAGGAUUUCCAUUAUUUCAAACUCAAAAAACACAUGGGCUGGGCUCCCGAAAACAAAAAAAUUUCAGAAAUUCUCCCCACAUCGAUAAGAAACCAUUACCACCAAAAACUUCUUUGAUAACAGCAGCAAAGACAAUUGUUACGUCAGAAAAUAUAAAUUCUGAUAAUAAUAUAAAUCGGGGAUCUUCUAUUACAGAAACAUCGGAAAAACAAAAAGUCGACUCGGACAAUUUUAAUGAAUCAAAUAAGUUAAAGUAUGAAAUGCUAAUACCAAAAAAACGACCAAGCUUACGUAAAUCCAUGACAAUGAAUCAAUUAUUCAGUAAAACAAUUGAGCAACAAAUGCAGCAGGAGCAAGAAGAAUCAGAAUUUUCCGAAAAUCCUUCUCCAUUAUUACCUUUAUCACAACCCGCAACACCAAUCGCGGAAAGCCAUACAACUGAUAAUAGUUAUAGAGCUCUCAAACUUAAAAGAUCGAUUUCCCGCACCAAAACUCAUAUUCGUUACAAAAGUGAUCGAAGCGCGGAAAUAUUAACAAGUCAACGUACUAAUGAGGUUGAUGUCUAUUCGGAUCCAAGAAAACGUGAAAGCAUACAAAUUGGAGAAGGAGUGGGAGGAAAUGCAAUGAAAUUUAUUAUUGGCAGUGAAUCAUCAAUAAAGAAAACAGAAAAGUUAAUAUUACGUGGAGGUAAAGAUGGGGUGGACAUACAAUAUCAAUUGGGAAAUUGUAUAGGAAAAGGACAAUUCGGAUCAGUUUAUCGAGCGUUGAAUUUGAGUGAUGGACAAAUGGUUGCAGUAAAACGAAUAAAACUAGAGGGUAAAAAACAGGAAGAAAUUGAUCAAUUAAUGCGAGAAGUAGAACUUUUACAAUCAUUAUCACAUCCCAGUGUAGUUAAAUACACGGACCAGAUAAUGUGCGACGAUCACAUUAAUAUUAUCUUAGAAUUUGCAGAGAACGGAUCUUUAUUGCACACAUUGAAAUCAUUUGGAAAUUUCCCGGAGAAAUUAGUUGUCUCAUAUGUAGUGAAAAUAUUGGAAGGACUCGUCUAUCUCCAUUUCAAACAGGUGGUUCAUUGCGAUCUUAAAGCGGCAAAUAUCCUAACCACUAAAAGUGGUAAUGUCAAAUUAUCAGAUUUCGGCGUAUCGCUAAACUUGAAAAUGAUGGAAAACGUAAGUAAUAACGACGUGACUGGAACUCCAAAUUGGAUGGCACCAGAAGUUAUCGAAUUAAAAGGCGCCUCGACGUCAUCAGAUAUAUGGUCAUUGGGAUGCACGAUAAUAGAAUUAUUGACUGGGAAACCACCAUACGCUGAUCUCCUCCCUAUGACAGCGUUAUUUCAUAUUGUGGAGGAUGAUUGUCCGCCACUGCCAGAGAAUAUUUCUGAUGAUUUGAGAGACUUUCUGAUGCUGUGUUUUAGAAAAGAACCUGCGAAGCGCCCAUCGGCUCGAGAUUUAUUUCAACAUCGUUGGAUUAAGAAGAAUUGGACAUCGAAAGAAUUACGGACGCAAGAGAGUUUACCGUUUUUAAGACGUAUUACGUCAGAAAAUGAUAUUGCUGAUAAUCCAAACCUGCUGAAUGUUUUACAACAAUCUCAAUCACAUACACAAUCAAUCGUGGGUAGUCCUACAAAAAGCAGUGGCAUGCCAUCGCCGAUUGUUGGGAGUCCUCCUGUUAUUAUGGUGAGACCUAUUAUACCACAUCGGUUUGUGAAGAUUUCUUUUAGUAAAGCUGUGGAAUGUCGUAUAUGUCAUAGUACUGUAAAGAAACAUGCACACUUUUGUGAAGAAUGUAACAUGGUGUGUCAUCAGAAAUGUUCACCAGAAGCUACAUCACCAUGUGAAUUUAGUAAUCGAAAAUUUAUGCUUAGUCAAGUUGGUUUGUUUGACGAUAAUGUACCAAAUUCACCACCUCCACUACAUCCAUCACCCCCGACUACUAAUCGACUCACAAGUAAAAAACAACCAAAAAAAGACGAUUCGGUGACAUCGCAGAGUUCUGUGGCUGAUAGUCUUGAUUCUUCUAGCUUUAAUGGACGUCCGUUUUCUUCGGUGUCUUCUGUGGCUGCUGAUGAAAAUAAUAAUACGAGCACCACAAAUAGUAAUGCUUCCGUUUCAUCAUCUACAACAAAUGCUUCUACAAGUAAUAACAAUGGUAAUAAUGGAGGAAAAGGAAGCGGAAAGAGUCGAGCGAGUAGAUUGAUCAAGAAAAAAGGAGCCAAUGGAAAGGAUGAUGAUUGUGUUAUUAUGUAA